GAAAGAUGCUUACUGAGUAAGGUGGGAUCCAACAAGAGUGUAGUACAGAAUGCAGUAAUUUAUGAAUUACUAUUUUCUAAGGUAGCUCAACAUAACAACAUUUAAUGAAGAAAGGCAAACUUACCUAUCUGGUAUAUUUGUGAUUCUCGAUGAUUAAUUACUUGAAGAUUAACACAUUUAAAAUUCACCAGUCUUAGAAAUGGAAGAAAGUGAUGAACCUGAUCAGCCUAUCUCAGCAGGGAGGCAAGAAAUUCGAAAGAGGCGACGACACAGUCAACCAAUGGUAGAUAAAUCCCAGCAAACGGAAGUGACAGAGAAAAAGAAAAAUUUGCCUAUAUCACAAUCAUCUGGCCCUAAAGCUACCCUUAGUAUUGGUAACAUUUCUGGAAGCAAAGUCAACCCUGAGUCUCUCAGAGUAUCUUCUCAACUUCAGCAAACUUGGGCAAAGAGAAAGCGUGUACGUGAUAUGACUGAUAAAUCUCUGCAAACAGACACUACUGUAGAAGAGAAAAAAGAAGAAAUCAAGUCAGUUGGUGAAACAGUGGUACCUGAAGAAAUGCCAACAACUGUUGGAAAAGUAGUCCCUGAAAUUCCAGAGAGUGUUCAGGAAGUAAAAGUUCCGACAAGCAGACACUCAUUUCAUUUCAAAAUAGACAGAUCUCAGCAGACCAGUUGUACUGGAGACUGGACAAUGAUGAACAUUCCUCAAAUAGAAAAAGUGGACAGAGAACAGCAGACGUCCUUUAGUGAAUUAGAAAUAGUGGUUAUUGGCAGACCAGAUAGCUCUUUUUCAAAGUCAUAUGAAGUUGUGCAGAAACGUAAAUUCUCAGGGAAGAUUUUCACUAGUGAACAUCCCGAAUUGCAACCCUCAACAAGUAGAGAUGAAGCAACUAGGCAGGUAGGUAUUAGCAGAUCUUCAUUUAGUCAGCAAAGCAAAAAAGGUAGUUUGGUACCUUUAGAAGAUGAGCAAUACGUUCCAGGUGAGGUACAGCCUCCCAUUGCAGAAGAGGUCUCUGCUGAAGUGCAACCUACACCAGCUGAGGACAUUACUGCAGGAAAGACCACUAUUGAACUUCAUCCACAAACUGAGGAAGCUCCUGCAGAAAAGGGCUCUGCCAAAGUACAGCCAACCCUGGGUGAAGAGGCUCUUUCAGAAGGGCCUCCUGCUGAAGCUCAGUCUCCAAAAGUUGAAAAAGCUCCUGUACAGCCUUUCCCAAAGGAGGAGACUCCGGAAGAAGACGCCCCUGCUAAAGUAGAGUCUAUCCGUGCUGAGGAGGCUUUUUCAGGAGAGCCUUUAUCAACUGAAGAGCCUUCUAUACAGGAGGCCCCAGAACUUCAGCUUCCACCAGCUGUGGAGGCACCUACAGAAGAGGCUCAAACUGAAGUUCAGUCUCCACCAUCUGAAGCCUCAGCUGAAGUUCAGUCUCCACCAGCGGAGGCCCUGGCCGAAGUUCAGUCUCCACCAGCAGAGGGCCUGGCCGAAGUUCAGUCUCCAUCAGCUGAGGAGGCCCCAGCUGAAGUUCAGUCUCCACCAUCUGAAGCCUCAGCUGAAGUUCAGUCUCCACCAGCGGAGGCCCCAGCCGAAGUUCAGUCUCCACCAGCGGAGGCCCUGGCCGAAGUUCAGUCUCCACCAGCAGAGGGCCUGGCCGAAGUUCAGUCUCCAUCAGCUGAGGAGGCCCCAGCUGAAGUUCAGUCUCCACCAUCUGAAGCCUCAGCUGAAGUUCAGUCUCCACCAGCGGAGACCCCAACUGAAGUUCAGUCUCCACCAGCUGAGGAGGCCCCAGCAGAAGUUCAGUCUCUACCAGCUGAGACCCCGGCUGAAGUUAAGUCUCCACCAGCUGAGGAGGCCCCAGCCGAAGUUCAGUCUCCACCAGCUGAGACCCUAGCUGAAGUUCAGUCUCCACCAGCUGAGGAGGCCCCUCCAGAAGAGGCCCCAGCUGAAGUUCAGUCUGCAACAGCUGAGGAGGCCCCUCCAGAAGAGGCCCCGGCUGAAGUUCAGUCUGCAACAGCUGAGGAGGCCCCUCCAGAAGAGGCCCCAGCUGAAAUUCAGUCUCCACCAGCUGAAGCCCAGGUCGAAGUCCAGCCUCUGCCAGCUGAGGAGGCCCCUGAAAAAGAGGCCCCAGCUGAAGUUCAGUCUGCAACAGCUGAGGAGGCCCCUCCAGAAGAGGCCCCAGCUGAAGUUCAGUCUCCACCAGCUGAAGCCCAGGUCGAAGUCCAGCCUUUGCCAGCUGAGGAGGCCCCUGAAAAAGAGGCCCCAGCUGAAGUUCAGUCUGCACCAGCUGAGGAGGCCCCUGCAGAAGAGACCCCCGCUGAGGUUCAGCCUCCAGCAGCUGAGGAGGCCCCUGCAGAAGAGACCCCCGCUGAGGUUCAGCCUCCAGCAGCUGAGGAGGCCCCUGCAGAAGAGACCCCCGCUGAGGUUCAGCCUCCAGCAGCUGAGUCCUCAGAAGAAGUUCAGUCUCCACCAACUGAAGAGACCGCUGCAGAAGGGACUUUAGCUGAGGUACAGUCUCUGCCAACUGAGGAGGCCUCUGCAGAAGAGGCCCUAGCUGAAUUUUGGUCUCCACCAGCUGAGGCCUCUGCAGAAGUUCAGUCUCCGCCAGAUGAGGAGGCCUCUGCAGAAGAGGCUUCAGAUGAAGUUUGGUCUCUACUAGACAUAGAGGCCCCUGAAGAAGAGGUGUCAGCUAAAAUUUGGCCUCUACUAGUAGCUAAAGAGGCCCCAGCUGAGGAGACCCCCGAAGAAGAGACCUCAGCUGAAGUUCAGUCUCUACCAAAUGUGAAGGGCUCUGAAGAACAGACUCCAGAUGAGUUUCAGUCUCCAUCAGCUGAAGACAUUACUUUAGAAAUGGUCUCUGUUGACAAACAGUUUCCAGCGGCCAAAGAGGACUUUGUUACACAAAUCUCUAUAGAAAAUGUCCUUAGUCCACCAUCUGAACAAACUGCUGCAGAUGAGGUUCUGGUAGACCAUGUGUCUACUGAAUACCAAUUUCUCCAGACAGAUGUCCCAGUGAUAAAAUUAGAAUCAAAGGUUUUGGGAGAUCAUCAAAAACCUGAAUAACCUUUGGAACUGGAUCCUGUCGCUGAAGAUCUAAUAUCAAGAAAGAGCAGGUUCCUAACUUUGAAAUAGAGGGUGUCAUCUAUGUAGAACUAAAAUAGAGACCUCUUCCUCAGCUCUAAGUAGGUCUUAACUACACUAUCAAUCAGAAGCUAAGGGCUUCUGGACAUACACACUUUAGAAAAGUAUAGGCAUUUGGAAGUAAAAUGGGAAAUAACAGGAAACCCCAAAAUAUGGACUACUGGCUGGAAAAUGAACAAUAAAAACUAGUGGCUUAAAA